AUGGACACGGUGCAUCACACGGUGACCACGGCGGAGAUCCCCGACCACGCUCUUUACACAGUUGGAACGUGCGUCCUUGUCAUCGGCACCAUUGGCAUCAUUGGAAACCUCCUGGUUCUCUACGCCUUUUACAGCAACAAGAAGCUGAGGACGCCACAAAACUACUUCAUAAUGAACCUGGCUGUGAGCGACUUCCUGAUGUCUGCUUCACAGGCGCCCGUCUGUUUUGUCAACAGCUUGCACCGAGAGUGGAUUCUUGGGGAUAUAGGUUGCGACUUGUACGCUUUCUGCGGGGCGCUCUUCGGGAUCACCUCCAUGAUGACCUUGCUGGCCAUCUCCGUCGACCGCUACCUUGUGAUCACGCGGCCGCUGCGCUCCCUGCAGUGGAGCUCCAAGCGGCGCACGGCGCAGAUCAUCGCCCUCAUCUGGCUCUACUCGCUGGCGUGGAGCGUGGCCCCGCUGCUGGGCUGGAGUUCCUAUGUGCCUGAGGGCUUGAUGAUAUCCUGUACGUGGGACUAUGUAACCUACUCCCCAGCAAACAGAAGUUACACCAUGAUUUUAUGUUGCUGUGUGUUUUUUAUUCCUCUGGUAAUAAUAUUCCAUUGCUAUUUAUUUAUGUUCCUGGCCAUAAGAAGCACUGGCAGAGAUGUUCAAAAGCUUGGGUCCUGCAAUCGGAAAUCCUACCUCUCUCAGUCCAUGAAGAAUGAAUGGAAGCUGGCAAAAAUUGCUUUCGUGGCCAUCGUUGUAUUUGUCUUAUCCUGGUCUCCAUAUGCUUGUGUCACUUUGAUUGCCUGGGCAGGCCACAGCAACAUCUUAACACCGUAUUCCAAAUCUGUGCCAGCUGUUAUUGCCAAAGCUUCUGCAAUCUACAACCCCAUCAUAUAUGCAAUAAUUCAUCCAAGAUACAGAAAAACCAUCCACAAUGCUGUCCCUUGCCUGAGGUUCCUAAUUCGGCUGUCAAAGAACGAUCUCCUGAGAGGCUCCAUAAAUGAAUCUUCCUUCAGGACUUCUCUCUCCAGUCACCAGUCUUUUGCUUUCAGGACCAAAAAUACUUGUGUUUCAUCGGUUUCCAUGGGAGAAGCUACCUGGAGCGAUGUGGAGCUUAACCCUGUAGAGCCAGCUAAUCAGAAACUGCAGGCUCACCGAAGUCACUCCUUUUCAACAAGUGUGAGACAGGAGAAGAGGGACCUGCUCCCAAAGACUCACAGCUGCAAUGCAGUAACUGCAGAAAAGGUUUCGCUCUCCUCCAGCUGUUUGGAGAAGGUUGUGGGGCGAUCAUCUCUACACAGCCCCCCUGAAAUGCUCGUGGCCAGUUCCCUAAAAGCAGCUUCUCUGCCCGUUGGUUUGAAUAGCAGCAGUAUCGGCAAAGGAGGAGAUGCAGCUGCUUCCCAAGUGGAAACUCAAGUUAAUGGAGGCCUGGACUCUAUCAUUAGCAAUACUGUCCCUCGCAUCAUUAUCAUCCCUACAUCUGAGACCAACCUGUUUCAAGAGGAACUGGAAAAUGAAGAGGAAGAGUUUGAAUUGUUCCACUUCAGUGACAAAAAGAGCAAUCUGCUGGACUUAGAAGGGCUGAGCUCUUCUACAGAGUUCCUUGAAGCUGUUGAGAAAUUUCUAUCAUAAUAUGCCAAAAGAAAACUUUCCCGUAAAUAUUUUCUUGGCAUAUUCUCCACCCAAUUAUACCAAAUAGCUGCAGCCUUGUAGGUUAGAUCAUCAGAAUUGUUGUUUGUUUAUAUGACAGUCACUGGCAGCCUUCAGAUUUGUCUUUGUCCAGAUGGGUCCAGGUGUGUCAUGAGGCUUCCAGCUU